GUGCUUACCUAUACAUAUAUUGAUAUGAUUCAUGAAUACGUGCAUUAUUCUGUAUUUACUCAGAUGAUGAACUCAACGUAUCAAUUCCAUCGUUUUUGUACAAUUGUAGAUAAAUGUAAAUAAAUUAACUAGUUAUAACAAAUGUGUGUAGUAGUCAAAUCAAAGGUUAAAAUACGUGUUAAAAAUAUGUGUACAUGUGUAUCCACGCAGUUAUGUGACAAUUUCCUGUACCAUAUCUGCACAGCAUCCGGAGUGAAAGAUUUCUAAUGGAAAGAUGAGAAUUAUACAUUGUUAGAUUGAAAUAAAUAGAAUUUGAAUACUGAUCAAUUCAAUUAAAAAUGGAAGAGGAUGAAGAAAUUUCUGUACCAUGGAUACAGAAGAGUAGGAAUGAUACGUCUGAAAUAAGUCUUUAUCGAUCAAUACCAAGUAAUUUAAAUGCAGGAUCUGUGCAAACUUUGUAUCAAAGUGUUCGUAAUAUCUCAUCGUUGAAUAAUGCUGGAAGUAUGACUACUUUGGAUAGUAUGCAUAGUGCAAUCUCCUUGGAAGAUAUUCAACAAUCAUUUAAUGAUGAUUUAUCAGUUCUUAAUAAUGAGGUAACAAUUAAUGGUAGUUGUACAGAUCUGAGAAAUAGCAGAAGAAGUUCAAAAUCUAUCUCAAAAUGUGGAACAGCUUUUAGUUUAUAUUUUCGUGAUGAAAUUCGUACAAUUGAUUUUGUACUUGUUUGGGAUGAAUACAAUGUGGAAGCUCAAACAUAUCGUUGUACAGAACAUAGACGUGUAUUUGAAAAAAAUUUGGAGAAGGAAAGUUUACAAUUGGAAUAUGAACAAGCAGAACCAAAUGGUCUACAUUUCAUAAAAAUUCAUGCACCUCGAGAAGUAUUAAGACGGUAUGCUGAAAUAUUAAAACUUAGAUUGCCAAUGAAGGAAUUACCUAAUAUGAUAAUUCCUGAAAAUAGUAGUAUUGCAUUAAUUAAAGAAGUCAAUUCGUUAUUUAAAAGAAUUAUGAAAAACUAUUAUGUAGACCAAACAAUAUUUCCAACUAUGAAACAUAAUUUUACGGCUGUUUAUAGCCGUGAUAAAGAAUAUUUAUUCAAUUUGGAUUCGCCAAAUUUUUUUACCGCUGCAACGCGUGCUAGAAUCAUACAGUUCAUUUUAGAUAGAACCAGAUUUACUGAAACCAAGGAUGACGAUUUUGCAUUUGGAAUAGAAAGAUUGAUUUCGGAAAAAGCAUACGUAGCAGCAUAUCCUCUUCACGAUGGAGAUCUACACGCACCAGAUUCCAUGAGAUAUCUUUUAUACAAAGAAUGGGCAAGUUUAAAAAAAUGUCUUCAUUACCAACCAUUAGACUAUAUCAAAGAAUAUUUUGGAGUAAAAAUUGGACUUUACUUUGCUUGGCUCGGAUUUUAUACACAUAUGCUAAUACCUGCUAGUAUUGUAGGUCUUUUAUGUUUUAUAUACAGUUGCGCAACUUUGUAUUCUAACGAACCAAGCGAAGAUAUCUGCAAUGGUAACGGUACCAUUGAAAUGUGUCCCCUAUGUGAUCAUAUUUGUGGAUACUGGGAUUUAAAAGAAACAUGCUUACACGCAAGAAUUACAUAUUUGUUUGAUAACCCAUCUACUGUAUUUUUUUCUAUAUUUAUGUCAUUAUGGGCUACAUUGUUUUUGGAAUUAUGGAAGCGAUAUUCAGCAGAAAUAACUCAUAGAUGGGACUUAACUGGUUUAGAUGCUCAAGAGGAACACCCUCGUCCUCAGUACUUAGCACGUUUGGCACACAUAAAAAAGAAAUCGCUUAAUAUUAUUACAAAUACGGAAGAACCGAAAGUUCCUUUUUGGAAAAUGAGAGUCCCAGCUACAAUUCUCAGCUUUUCCGUUGUUUUGUUGCUGAUUGCAAUAGCAAUGGCAGCAGUGUUAGCUGUUGUUCUAUAUAGAAUGUCUGUUUUAACUGCCUUAAGUGUUUAUGGACACCCUAUGGUAACAAGUUAUGCAAUACUAUUUACAACAGCUACUGCAGCUAGUAUUAAUUUAUGUUGUAUCAUAAUAUUUAACUGGGUUUAUGUUUGGCUAGCUGAAUAUUUAACCGAGAUUGAACUGCUUCGAACUCAAACUGAAUUUGAUGAUAGUUUGACGCUAAAAAUAUAUUUACUCGAAUUUGUUAACUACUAUGCUUCCAUUUUUUAUAUAGCAUUUUUUAAAGGAAAAUUUGUUGGAUAUCCGGGCAAUUAUAAUCGCUUUUUCCAAUACCGGCAAGAAGAAUGUGGCCCCGGUGGUUGUCUUAUGGAAUUAUGCAUACAGUUAAGCAUUAUCAUGGUUGGCAAACAAACUAUGAAUACAAUAUUAGAAAUGUUGUUUCCACUAUUUUAUAAAUGGUUAAAUACUUUAAAAGUACAUGUUGGGAUGAAAACAGAAGAUGGACAUAAAAAGGUUACUACUCGGAAGUAUCUCCAGUGGAUCAAAGAUUAUAAAUUGGUAGAAUGGGGUCCAAGAAGUUUAUUUCCCGAAUAUUUAGAAAUGGUAUUACAAUAUGGAUUUGUUACUAUUUUUGUUGCUGCAUUUCCAUUAGCACCUUUUUUUGCAUUGUUGAAUAAUAUUUUUGAAAUGCGAUUAGAUGCCAAAAAAUUAUUAGUAAUGUACAGAAGACCAGUUGGACAACGUGUUAUAGAUAUAGGCAUAUGGUAUCGCAUUCUUGAUUCCAUUUCUAAGUUAUCUGUUAUAACCAAUGCAUUCAUUAUAGCUUUUACUUCAAAUUUUAUACCAAGAUUAGUUUAUCGAAUAACUGUCUCUGAUAAUUAUUCUCUGGAAGGAUUUCUAGAUCAUUCUCUUUCCAAAUUUAAUACAAGUGACUUACAAAACGGGACUCAACCAUAUUUACCUCCUCACAAACAAGUUGAAAUAUGUAGAUAUCCAGAUUACAGAGAAUCUCCUGAUUCACCAAACAAAUAUCAAUAUACAAUUAUGUUUUGGCAUGUACUUGCAGCAAGACUAGCUUUUAUUGUUGUAUUUGAGAAUAUUGUUGCUCUGGUCAUGAUACUCGUGCGAUGGUGUAUCCCUGAUAUGCAUCCAAAGUUAAGAGAUAAAAUACGGCGCGAGGCAUAUAUAACUAAUGAAAUAAUUAUUCAACAAGAGGCGCUUCGUGCUUCUGAGAGAUCCGCUGAUGACGGAGACACAAAUCAACAUAUCAUUACAUUAAAUGAAAGCACGAAUCGAUGGAACAGGGUCAUGAGAAGUAGUUUAUCUAAUUCUGAAUUUGAUUUAGAAAUUCAUGGAAGUCCUAUAUCGCCGGCUAAUACACAUUCACGAGUUGGUCCUGCUGCACUAUGAUCAUUAUUAUACAAACCAAAUCAGUAGAAAAUUAUAACUGUGAUGCUAGUCACAUUUAUAUAUAUUGCUUUAUUAAUCUGAUUAAUUUGAUGUUGAUAAAAAUAUUUGAAAAGUAUAUCAACAUCAG